AUGGAAGAGAAUAUAGAAGAAAUAUUUGAUGAUUUUAUUUAUCAUUUAAAUGUUAAAACUGAAGAAGAUAACAAUGACGGAAAUGAUAUAAGUACAAUAAAAAGAGAUGAAACGAAUUUAUUGGAUGAUACACUUUUCAAUAUAUUAAAGAAUAACUUUUUUAAAUAUACUGAAUAUUCAUUGAGUAGCUUAUAUAUAUGUCAAGAAAAUAUUCCAAUUGAAGAAGAUACAAAUUUUAAAACAUUAAUAAAUAUAAUAACCAAAGCAUCAGAUGUUAAUAAUAAAUUUAAAUGGGUUGAUUAUUAUUUUAAAUAUGAUUCAAAAGAAGAGUUAAAUAUAUUAUCUCCGAAGCCACAAAAUAAAGAGCUGUUAUUCAGAGAAUACCUUGAACCAAACCAUUUAAAAAACGUUUGUUUAUUAAGAAAAUUUGAACAAGGUGCAUUUUUGAAAUCAUCCGAAAAAAAUAAAGUGGAUGUUAAGAUAGUAUCAGAAUACAAUGUUCAUAAUAGUUAUAAAAAUGUAAUUAGGUCAUUUGAUUAUUACUUAAGUCAUAAAACUUUUACCGAAGCACAUAUAUUUCAUAAUAAAUAUGGCAAUAGUGAUCAUAUUGUUAUUUUGGUAUUAAGGCAUUACAAAGAUGAAAAUUUUCAAAUUCCAUUGUUUCCAGAUAGAGUUCUUGUUCAAAUAAAAUCUUACUCUAAUGACAAUAAAUAUUCAGAAAUGACUCAAAAAAAUCUUUUACAGUACUCAGAAAUUUUUAAACCAUAUAUCUCACUUAGAAAAGUAAAUUACAAUAUUGUAGAAGAAAUAAAAAGUAAGAUUAAUUAUGCAUUUUAA